AUGCGGGCGUUGUUGGCACAGUCCGACUAUGAUGAAGCACUAGAUAGUUUUAGGAAGAACCGAAUUCAGGACUGGACUGAUGAGGAGAAAAGAAUUGAUCUGACCAAAAUAUAUCCAGGUGAAAACUUAAACAUAAGCUAUUUGAGCCCUUAUCUGAAGGCAUCGGGUUCUAAUUACAGUAACGGAGUAAAUUUUGCUAUUGGCGGUUCAAGAACACUACCACGGGACGUUCUUUUUGCAUUGCAUGUACAGGUGCAGGAAUUUUUGUUCUUUAAAGACAGGUCCCUGGAACUGAUCAAUCAAGGCCAGGAAGCUUCAAUUGAUGCACAAGGGUUUCAAAAUGCUCUAUAUACCAUAGACAUAGGACAGAAUGAUAUUAAUGCUCUUCUGUCCAACUUGCCUUACGACCAAGUAGUGGCGAAGUUCCCUCCAAUACUUGCCGAGAUUAAGUAUGCUGUUCAGAUUCUGUAUGACAACGGGAGUCGGAACUUCUGGAUACAUGGAACAGGGGCUCUCGGUUGCCUGCCUCAGAAGCUCUCUAUUCCACGCAAAAAUUACAGUGAUCUUGAUCAGAAUGGCUGCCUGAAGACAUACAACAGAGCUGCGGUCGCGUUCAACGCAGCGCUAGGCAGCCUCUGCGAUCAGCUGAAUGUACAGCUGAAAGACGCGACCGUUGUUUACACCGAUCUUUUUGCUAUCAAGUAUGACCUUGUGGCCAACCACACCAAAUACCGUUUUGACAGGCCAUUGAUGACGUGUUGUGGGUACGGAGGGCCACCAUACAACUAUGAUUUGAGAAGGAGCUGCCAGUCUCCAAAUGCAACGGUCUGCACUGACGGCUCAAAGUUCGUUAGUUGGGAUGGCGUGCACCUCACCGAGGCCGCUAAUGCCGUCGCGGCUGCAGCCAUACUGAGCUCCGCAUAUUCCAGACCAAAGCUCAAGUUUGAUCAGUUCUGCAGAGCCUGA